UUUUCUCUCCUCAAAAAGAGGAGAAGCACCCGUUCCCAAGAUGCUGGCACCCUGCCUUCUGAGAAGAGCGGUCCUUACAGUUCCUUUAGUUUUUGUGGUUGCACUGCUUCUCGCGGAGCCUGUUAGUUCUGAUCAAGAAGCAGGAACAGCCAUACCAGCUGAAAGUCGUCCCUGUGUUGAUUGCCAUGCAUUUGAGUUCAUGCAGAGGGCUCUGCAGGAUUUAAAGAAGACAGCGUAUAAUCUAGACACGCGGACAGAAACUCUGCUUCUUCAGGUGGAAAAGAGAAAUCUGUGCGACUGUGUAACUGCAAAUCUGCUGAACUGA